AUGGUUGUAAAGAUUCGAUGUUCAUCGGAAUCCUCGAUGGAAUGCAGUCUGGUGAAAAUUUUCUAUCUGGCAGCACUACCAAUCACCACUGAUCUCCUUCGACAUUUAGUGUACUUCAAAAGCUUCUUGACGUACGAUUUAGAAAAAGAAGCACAAACGAUACAGACAGAGCCGUUGGAUUUAUCGGUGCGAAAAGUGGGUAAGCAACGAAUAGAAGUGCGGAACUUGUCAAUUAAUGAAGAGAAUAAAGAACAGGUGGAAUCAUCGAAUUUAACAAUCCAAGAAGCGAAUUCUGAACAAAAAUUACAGUGUGAUGUUUAUCGAAGAAAUGCCGGUGGUAAGUUACGCAAAUGUCCGACAUGCAGACAAAACUUCUCUGAUUCAUCGAAUUUCAGAACACAUAAGAGAAUUCAUACUGGUAAAAAGCCAUACCAAUGUCAGACAUGUGGAAAUAAUUUCUCUCAGCCAUCCAGUUUGAAAAGACAUAUAUUAUUGAUUCAUACCGUGAAAAGCCGUACAAUUGUUCGAUAUCCGGAAAACGUUUCUCCCAAAAGGAUAAGAUGA